AUGGGUCUCACAAUAUCUUCCCUCUUCCAGCGUUUUUUUGGCAAGAAGAAUAUGAGGAUACUAAUGGGUAAGUGGUCAGAUUUUAGUCUUUAUCUCGCCGACAGCUUCCUGGUUGUCUUAACUACUUGGCAUAAAUUAAUUCACUAGCCCCUCUGUGUUUCACAGGCCAGUUGUUUGAAAGCUGAGUUUUGUAUACUUAUUUACCAGACCUGGAAUCGCACGUUGGGCUAUCAGAAUGCGUUAUGAUUGCGGGUUUCUGUGUCCCUUUGGCUUUAUCGCCCAUUAUGUUUUCCCUUCCAUCCUACGGAUUUUAAUUUUAAAAGCCUAUGGAGUUAUAUAUAUAUAUAUAACUCUGUUUUCAUAGUUAAGUCCCAGUUUGUCACGCAUGUGAUCCGCUGCGCUCAAUGAUCUAAUUCUAAAGAUUAUAAUAUUGGCAGCUCUUCGCGUAUACAAGCCACACUGCUGAAGCCAAACUAAGCUGAGAUAACCCAGUAGGCCCAUAGGCGCAUUGUUGCUCGCUUAGUGAAUUAGCAAUUUCUGCCGCAAACUCACAUUUAUCAUUGAGGGGAUGUAGUAUUUUACACUGACCCACCUGUGAAGAACUCGGCGCCUCGGUGGGAUUCGAACCCACGACAGUAGAGGGAAGCCUGUAGUACAGCCAACUCUAACCACCUGAGCUACGAGGCCAAAACGUCAGUGAAUGUAGUAUUUGUCUAGCCGGCUUUUUUUACCAAGUGGCCACGUUUGAGGCUCAUUAUUGCGCAUUACAGGAGCUGGUUUUGGCUGCUUUCCGUUACGGCUGAUACUGUUCCUACGACAUCUGUAGUUUUACUCUAUCACAAUCUUACUGUAAGUAGUAUGCCUUUUCGUGUAGCCGAAAGUCCGCUUUUGUACAAUUACCUUUUCUUGACGCACGCUUUGAAGGCAGAACGAUGUUUUUCCGAUAUCAGGGUUGCUUGCUUACUGUCACCAGUGUUUUUGCUUUGGUAAGACGACUUUCUCAAGUUAAUUUCACGAAACUGGCCAUUAUUGUUUCAGUUGGCUUGGAUGCGGCCGGUAAAACAACCAUUUUGUACAAGCUGAAACUCGGCGAAGUUGUCACCACCAUUCCCACAAUCGGAUUCAAUGUGGAGGCGGUUGAAUACAACAACAUCAGUUUCACUGUAUGGGACGUCGGCGGUCAGGACAAGAUCCGUCCUCUUUGGCGACAUUACUUCCAGAAUACCCAAGGUCUUAUCUUCGUCGUUGACAGCAACGAUCGCGAGCGGAUUGGUGAGGCAGCCGAUGAGCUGGACAAGAUGCUCUCCGAAGACGAACUCCGUGAUGCCGUCCUUCUUGUAUUUGCUAACAAGCAAGAUCUCCCGAACGCCAUGCAGACGGCAGAAAUAACGGAUAAGCUCCGCCUUCACAGCCGUCAAAAUCGGAGUGUAAGCCCUCUAUAUCUUCCGUGAAUCUUCUAUACUAAAUAUCUGUAUUGCAUGUGCCAUCCGACCUGCCCUGACGUAUCAUUGACUCAGGAAAUCUUUUUUAAAAUCUACAUCCUCAUGACGUAUUAGUUGAGUGAACGAACAGUUUGAACAUCUGUUAAUACCUGAGUCUAGCAUCCUGCAGUCAGACAAACUCACAUUUAAUGUUGGCUACUAUUUGGUCAUAAACUUAUAUCAACCAUCUUAGAAGGCAUUAAUUACAACAUGAAUGCCUGCUGCACGCAUGAAGUCCAAGCUCCCAAAUUUGGUCUUCGGAAAAUUAAAAUCCCAGGGAUCGACUCACCUCGUCCUCUAUCAUAGCGACCCACGCGUCUCUUGUGGUAGACACGAUGUGGGGAUCUCCCUUUCGCAACAAGUGAACCAUGCACUACAUGCGUGGGAACCAAUGACCAAACAACGUCUGUACAAGUGUAGAGAUGCUCUCCCGGCAUCUUUACCGUCUUCGUCUAUGUAUCAGUAGCAACCGCCGACCAGCGUAAUAAACAGCCUUUCUCGAUAUAGCUGCAAGGAUUGAUUGGAGGACUCCCGAUAUUUUUCUGCUUGCUGCCUGGGAGCUGGAAUAACCGAACAACGUCAGAUGGUUCUUCAAGCAGUCGACUUAUUGGCAACUUCGGGCCUAGAUCUCAACGUAACAAUUGUGGAAGAAUGUCAAUUUUUGCUGACCAGAAUCAGCUGACCUCGUAUUCAAAUAAUGGGCAUGCGGCCAGUCAAAUGGACUACGUUCUAGUCAGUUCACUGUUUCGUAGCUGGCUUCAUAAUAGCAGAUCGGGCGUGAUGUCGAAAUCGGCACCGCCCAUAGAUCAGUCCAUGUUUUGCUUCGCACACGCCGGAACGUUAAUCUUAUUCACGUGUACAUUGCCACACGCAGGGUACUGUGGUGUGGGCAAAUUACAACCCAGCACAACCGGUGCUUUGGGCGCAGAAAUCAGUCACCAAUUUACAACCCGAGUUGAAGUAUAGACCAGUCACAAAAAGUCAUCACUGAAAUCCCGAAUCCACAAGGCAACAGGGAUCAUUCUUGGAUUUAUGCAGCGACGCCACAGCAAUUGGAUCUAACCGAGAAUCUUAUAGUUGCCUGCCCAGACAGCUCUGGCUGAGUGCCACCAUGAUGAUUCAUCUUGCCAAACCUGAAAAACGACAACAAAGUCGGCUAUUGGGCUGAAGUGACGGCCUCCACGACUCAGAUCUCCGACAUUGGUGACACUCGAAAACUAUUCGCCAAGUUAGUGCUAGCUCUUGCACACUAAAAAUUUCACGAUGUGAGUGGCGGUUUUUUUGCUGGUAGCUUUGGCAGGGCCGAGCGUCAGUCUGACCACUUCGAACAGCUUCUCGACUUGUAUCGUCUAGCCAGCAUUUCCCUGUUUCCUCUACAGCGCCAUCCCGGCUUACGUUCCUAAACUUUGUGUUGAGUAGGCGUUGGAUUAGUUAUUUUCUGACAACCAAGGCUCGCCCACCCUUGUUCAUGUUUUCAAGAGAAACUACUAGAACAAGUCUCCUCGAUUUUGCGGCGAAAGCCCUUACCACGGUCAUUCUCAAGCGAUUUUGGUGUCUGUGCCUCUAGGACUAGGUCUAACAAGCUCAGUUCCAAUCUCGGAAUGUAUGCGUAGUGAAUUCUUAAAUUUUGCCAGGACUUUCACCGACCGAAGGCUGCGUACUUUGUUGACUUCGCCGUAGCGUUCGAUUCCGUCCAUCUUGAGUUCCAGCGACAGUAUGCCGACAAAAAAUUGCUGUGACUUAGGCGUGCUGUCAUUGUCCCUGUGAUUUCGGAUUUAACAUAACCUUUAAAAGAAGACGAAGGGACGAUCACUGGGACAGUAUAUUUAUUUGUCUGAGCUUUCGAACUCGAACUGGAGUUCGUCAUCAGAGAUUGCUUGAGUGCAGCAACUUGGUAAAAUUUAUAUCGUUCUUCCUUGCGGGGGAGGGGGGGGGAGGAGGGGAGUACGCCCGUGGCUAGGCAAGGUUUGUGCCGCCUGGUCCACGAUGGUCCCCCGGCGUGGUGAGGCCGUUUGUACUUUGCGACGGCGUGAGCUGCGCCACCUGGCUGCGUGGGCGGAGCGCGUGAUAACACGCAGGCAAAUCGAUGUGCCUGUUGAUGAAGUUGGUGUCCGACACCCACGCCUCCAACCUUGCCUAGCCACGGGCGUACUCCCCUCCUCCCCCCCCCUCCCCCGCAAGGAAGAACGAUAUAAAUUUUAACAAGUUGCUGCACUCAAGCAAUCUCUGAUGAUGAACUCCAGUUCGAGUUCGAAAGCUCAGACAAAUAAAUAUACUGUCCCAGUGAUCGUCCCUUCGUCUUCUUUUAAACAAGAACCUGGGAUGCGCAUAUUCUCUUCUAUUCGUUAACAUAACCUCUUAGCCGUUGGGCAUUCGGCCUAGCGUUCGACAAGAUUUCAUUCUGUCGCCCGUCCUGUUCAAUCACAUUGUGAACUGCAUUCUCGGAAGUGUCUACAUUGUUUUGAUCGUGGCAACUGUACGCUCGCGUGCCAAAUGGCUGAACUCGACCAUGCUGAUAAUAUCGCUCCGUUACUGUUGUGAUGACCUACAGAACGUAGUGUCACGGGUGAACGAGGUAAUCAAAUCAGUUGGCGUAUCUGGAAACGCAGGGAAGACCGAAGGUUUUUUGAGCUGCAUUGCUGAUUAUCAGAAGGCACGCCUGAGGGCUUGUGUUAAGUCGGGAAACUGAGCACUUUUAAAUCCAUCAGGGCGGGGACGAUAUUGUCUGCCAAAUCGAUGUUGCCAUCAGGGUUUUCGAAAUUCUUCAAAAAUGUCUGUGUACCCGACGCGUUAUCCCGACGACGACAAACAGCCGCGUGCACCGGCCAUCCGUCCAGUCAGUUUUCCUAUACAGUUGUGAAUGCCGGGCUGCACGCCUGAAGGAGGAGCGGAAACUGGAGGUAUUUAUUAACCGUCGAUUGAGAAACCAUCUGUCAAGUGAAGUUUACUGACUUUUUGACUGGGACAACCCGAACUCGCCCCCACACCAUCGCGAAGGUAUCUCAGGCCUCAGAAGUUCACUGUUGUUACUCUCGGGUUAGCGUCACUGCCCACAUAGAGGCGUCGAAGAGGUCGACUCAAAACCUGCCUAAAAGAGUCCAAUUAAGACGUAGAGGCGGUUCUUAGAACUUCGGUAUUCGGUCUCUGCUGUUGGAGAAGAGAUUGCGUCGAGCCCUCGAGAUCCGCCACCGCAUAUCGUUAGGCAUGAAGUGCAUUCCGCCGCAUCGCCGAGGCCGGUUAGAUCAAACAUAACUAGAAGUAGAUUAAGGACACUCGUCAGUCCGUCAUCACCUAACUCAUUUUCGACCAUUCAUCUCAUGUCAGUUUGUGGAACCACUUCGUUUUCCAGUAUUCUAAACCAGCGUCCCAAUGGAUACGUGAUUAAUAAUACCAAAACUUGUGUUUCUACUAAUGAGGCAUAUGAUUUUGGGUGAGGCUGAAGGCCAGGUGUUCAGAUGGGGUCCCGUUUUCUUAAAGUGAUCUUUAACUUUUCGACUGUAGUUGCGACCUACGUUUUAGGUUGUUGACUGCAGUUGCUUAUGGUUUGAUUUUGAUUCCUUCGACGUAGAAUACACGAAGCAGCUGUGCGUGCCAAUCUUGCCCCGACACCAUUUAUUUACUUUGUUUGUACCUUUGCCUAUUUAUAGUCACUCUACUUUCUUCUCAUAUUAGUGAAGUCCUCGACUUCCACCACUAAUAUCAAAAACCAGUGUUUUUCUGGCAUUUUGACCGUCUGUAAACUAACAUUUGGAAUUUUGUUGGCCUGCUGUCUUCCCAUUAUUCUCAUACGACCGCAUUUGCUCUAUUUGUAGUACGUGCUAGCAAUUGUUGCUCUAACGCGUAGUUGCGUUAUGAAUCACUGUAAGUACGAAAUAACGUAACCACAGACCUAAGUACUCCAAGCAAAGGCAUGCGGACUCAAUAAACAAUUAAUAAAGAUUGUAAUUAGUAGGCCUUGGACUAUGACUGCACAGAAUACAGUCUGAGCUCGCGUCUUGGCUGACUGCAUUACCGAUUAUCUAGGCGAGGGGACAGUUCCACCAAACCUUGACUGUCGUCUCCCUCGAACUAGAUCUUGUUUGAGUAAACAAGGACCGGCCCAACUAGCGACAACAAUGAGGGCAAGCUGUUUGAUAACAACGGUCGCCCCAGCCGACAUGCGUGGCUUCUACAUGCUGUUCAUGAUGUCCAUCGCUGAGAAAUACUACGGAACCACGGGUAUUUUACUUCCUAAUGCACUUGGAAUGACUCUCUUACGUGAUUGAACUGGCUCUGCUACAUACGCAACAUCUGUCGAAUGGUCGCCAAGACCAAGCUGAGACAGCAACCCAGUCGCGCACACCUUAGACCGUAGGUGGGCGAUGCACUGGGGGUCAGUCCCCGCCACAGUUGACCACUCAGGUGCCGUCGCCAGCUAAGGAAGGCUCCAACGAAAUUAUAUUCUGGGUGAUUUCGCCGUUCAGGCCUGCGCGACACAGCUAAAUACUUUAAGGUAGCGAGAAGAGAGGAUGCAGGCAAUCGUUUAUGUUCGUCAACGACUGUAUGGCCUUUUUGGAGACACGACCAGAAACUAAUUAAGGGGACGGGUCGCAAACAUCAUCUGUCAAAUACAUCCAAGCCGAUGAUAUCUUAUGAUCGCGCAUACCUUGUUUCAUAGCCAUGCUGGAAGUCUGUCUCGACGGGGGCUCCGUACACAAGUAACCUAGCCUUCCAAUUGUCCUCACGUCUACUCUGCAAGUUUCCAAGAAUUUGUACAAAGGUCGUGUCUACUUGAUUGCGUCGACUGUCGAUCUCACUCUUUCCUUGCCUCUUCGACAGAAGGUCCCGUAUGUGAUAGGAGCUGUCCAUCAGCCCAAAAGUUUCACUGCGCCCUGUAAUUGGGCAGAUGUUUCUGGCCACUAAACCUGAGACGACCUGCUCUGUUUCAAAAGAACCAACUUGAAGACUCACGUCGGCCGAGUUUGCACUUGUCUAGGACGCAGCAGCUUACAUUUCUGCAGGGAAGCUCACUAGUCCCAGCAUUAUCAGCAUGGUCAAGAUUCGUAAUUAAAGGGUUACGGGCUCUGUACCACCGAGGUGGUCGUCUGGUGUGUGUGUUGAAUAAUGCAGUAUAUUAAGUAGUUAAACAGACUUGGUGAAAAAACGCAACCCCGACGGAUCCCAAAAGGGACAUCAAGCUUGUCACACGGACUCAUAGAUAUGGACUUUGAGUCUGUUUCUGGGAUUGUAGGUCUGCAUCAAUCGGAGCUAUUUCGAUGUCAUGCUAUUAUACAGUAUGGCUUCUGCAGGAUAGCCCAAUAGUCAGAGUAAAGUGCAGGUGUCAAAACCACGAAACACGAGAGUGAACUGUUCGCAGCACUGGGUUUGAAGAAGACAGAGUGUUAUUCGACAUAUUCCCUGCCUUUCCUGGACGAUUUUUCCAGUGGAUUGAGGGCAACAAUAAAGAGUUGUAUCAGCGUCAAGAAUAAUUAGGCAAGGGUAGUUCCUUGGAAAUUGUCCGUCACCAUGAAGAUCAGCAAAUGACAGCUUUGUUGCACCUCGUGGGGACAACGUCUGCUUCCCAAAUUUGGUUUUCAAAGUUUAUAUGGCCCGUUAAACGGCACUUGCAGCUUUGAUCUGACAGUUCUUGUCAGAUAGCUUGCUUUUCUUUAAUUUUCUUAUCGUCUCCGGGACCACGGUCGGCAGUGAGUUGCAGCUACAGUCAUACUCGGACGCGUGAGCUUCCCCAGUUGUACAGUAACCGUGUGAUCGGGACACUUUCGAGAUCUCGGACAGUUUCCUUUCGCGCAUUUGCCUGGAAGAGCGUGUGGUCACACGAUGCCCAUCCAUGAAACCAAAGUGCUCACAAUGGCCAACAGCCCUCGAACCGUCGGAUCUUUUCCCCAUAUUGACACAACAGUGAAAAAAUUGGCGCCUCAAUGGGAUUCGAACCCACGACACCAAGAGGAAGGCUUUAGUACAGCCAACGCUCUAGCCACUUGAGCUACGAGGCAGGUGUGAUUAAACUCACGCCUUCCGGUGGGGUCUCGUAGCUUAGAUAGCUAGAGCUUUAACUGUGUCCGCAGUGUCAGUGUUCUCGGAGUCUCACUGAGCUGCAUCAAUGUUCUCUGUCAAGUAUGUGGUGGUCCUACUUUCGAGUGUGAUCGCCACUAGGUAUUUAUAAUCAGUAAACUGUCGAAGGAAAGGGGACUGACAAGCCCUUCAUAAUUCACAAAACGGCUCUCCCAUUGCGUUGUAACCGAGGUCUCGCCUCAUGCAUGUAUUAAACUCCCCCGUCAUGACAUUCUUUCCUCCCCCAACAACAAGAAUUUCAAAUAGCGACACCUGACAGAAAUCCAAAACUUGUCAUAAGGACCUUUUUUGCGUAUCAUCCUUAUCCAUCGUCGGAGCAUAGACUGUAAGACCUGUGUCGUAAUAAAGACACAGAUGGAAUCAUUGAUUCCAAGUGAGGAAAUUAUGUUUUGAUCGGAUCACGCAAGACGAUGGUGAUAUGCUGGCAAGAGGCCUCAGUGACAUCAGUGAGGUAGAAGUAGCAGGAUUUUAUAGGGAUUUCUCAGUGCCCGGCUCAUUCAUACCGAGAUCUGACGAGUACACCCCAAGAAACAGACAAUGUCCUCGUGGUAUUGCGUCAAUGCUUGCAUGGUUGGGCAUUGCGCUGCCGGUGCAAAAAGAGUUUCCAUGUUUCAGUAUGUCAUGAACGGUUUCUUCCUUCCGGCUGCCGCGGACAUCGUAGCCGGAGUCGAGACUUGCGACUGCCGAAGUGAUGGUAAAUAGAGAUUUGGUGCGAGUGGGAUUUUCUAGUCCUCAGCAUUUCCUUCAGAUGAAUUUCCAGGUGGUGAAACAACGGGAAGGCUUCUGGCACUGUCGCUGCUGGUCUGCGACUGUUUGUUCGCUAGGCCGAGGAAUUUUCCUUGUUCACAAUUUAUUGUCACCAAAGACCCUCCUACUAUCAGUCACUGGUGGUUGCACCGACUAACCGACCAGCUAGGUCAGAAGGCGGACACGUCUUCCCCGGGCUUUUUCUUAUCACGAAUGUUGUUACCCUUUUUAACGUCAGCCGAACAUGUCACCGUUUUAAAGCUGACUAAGUUUAGUUGUAGAAACGGUUGUCGACUUAAUCAGCGCGCCUAAAUCCACUAAAAUCAAAUAUUUUCCUGCUCGCUUAGUUAUCCCCUGCCCUUAAAAAAGUAUUUGUCAUUUUCGCUCUAUUUGUGCUAGCAUACCCCUUCAACUAAGUAAUUAAUCCUGUGCCGUGUCUGAUUGUACAUUUUCACCAUGUAGCCGUAGUUUCAUCUAACAUUUGUACCUUAAAACCUUAGUAGCGGCUGCUGGCGCUGAAAACUUGUCUUAUUUUUUCGAGUAUCCGAGGUUUAACUUCUUUUCAGCAACAGAUUGGUGGCCACUUUAUCGACUCAGGCAUUCGCGAAAUUCAAUCGUAAUAAGGAGGCCAAAGGCGUUUUUCUCCUAAACUCAUCGCUUUAACUUCGGUUUGAUACGUUCAAAAGCUUUUACGUCCGUCACCCUUCUCUCCUCAAAAAUGGAAUCGUGCCUUUAUCUGUUCUCAAUGUUUCUAAUUUUAGUGGUAUGUCCAAGGUUCGUGCGCAACUGAGGGAACUGGAUUAUACGAUGGUCUGGAUUGGCUCUCCCGGGAAUUAUCAAAACGGUCUUAG